AUGUACUCCCAGCCACGGCUGAGCAAAUCUUCUCAUCUCUCACCUCCGAGGCUGCCAUUGCUUCCAGUUUCGUUCUUCUCUCUUCUCUCGAAAGCCAUGGACAAGGUCUGGGAUCUCAAGGUGCACGUCGAUGGCCGUCACGCGCUUCUUCUCCACCAGAGCGUCAUGUGCGCCUUCUCGGGGAGGCUGAGGGCAAUGGCGACGCGGGAGACGAAGGCCAAGAGCGGAGGAGGAGCAGAGGCGUCAUCAAUGUGCGUCGACCUUGCGGGCUUCCCUGGAGGCGGCGAGGGCUUCGACCUCGUGGCACAGUUCUGCUACAGCAAUGGCCGCCUGCCGCCGCUCCGCCCCUCCGACCUCCCGCUCGUGCACUGCGCCGCCGCGUUCUUGGAGAUGACCGAGGAGGUGCGCGCCGGCAACCUCCUCGCCCAGGCGGAGGCCUUCGUGGACGUCGGGCUCUGCUACUGGAGCUGGGCCGACGUGCUCGCCGCCGUCAAAAGCUGCGAGGCCUUCGCAGCCGACGUCUCCGGCCUUCGAGGGAAGCUCCUCUCAGCUCUGUUCUCGAGGAUCGCCGAAGGCGCAGAGACGUCGAACAGCUCCUCGUCAUCGUCGCCAGACACGGUCGACGGCUCCAGCGGGCGGCCGUCAUCGGCCAAGACGCCGGAGUCGGUGAAGCGGUCAUGCUUGGGCGGCGGCAGGGAGUGGUGGUUCGAUGACGUGGCGUCUCUAUCCCCGCCGACCGUCGAGAAGGCCAUGCAACUGAUCGGCUGCUACGGCGUGGACAACAAGAACCUCACACUGACGCGGUUCCUGCUGCAUUACCUCCCCCGCGCCGCCGCGCUCCGCAAGGCCGAUGACUCUGGAAGCCUCGUCGGACUCGCCGACACGGCCGUGCACGGCGUGGCGCACUCCGGCGGUGGGGCGGUGUUCUCCCGCAGGGGUCUCUUCUGGGUUCUGCCGAUCGUAUCAGCCGUGGGCCUGGGCAAGGAAUGCAGGCGAAAGCUGGAGGUCCUGGUGGGGCAGAUGCUAGACCAGGCCACGCUCGACGACCUCCUCGUCUCCGGCGACGGCAGCGGCGCGUACGACGUCGGCCUGGUCACGAGGCUCGUCAGGGUUUUCGUGAGCUCCGUGGGCGAGGAGGAGGCCGGCUGCUCGUCGGAGAAGAUGAGGAAGGUGGGGAGGCUGAUGGAUAAGUACCUGGCGGAGAUCUCGCCGGACCACGGGCUGAGGGUGUCCAGGUUCCUCGCCGUCGCAGAGAGCCUGCCGGACUCCGCCAGGGACUGCUACGACGGCGUGUACAGGGCAGUGGACAUCUACCUCGAGUCUCAUGCCGAGCUGACCGUCGAGGAGUGCGCGACACUGUGCCGGUGCCUCAACUACAAGAAGCUGACUCUGGAGGCAUGCAAGGACCUGACCAGGAACCGGCGGAUUCCAACGGAUAUCUCAGUACAAGCACUGUCCUUACAACUGCAGCCCAAUGCGCUCCGGCUCCCCUCGUCGUUGCCAAUGUCGAGAUGGGUUGUGGCAGAUGGCGAGAAGAAGGAGGCGCUGAGGCUGAGCCUGCGGCGAAUGCAGGGCCGGCUGGUAGAGCUGCAGUUGACAUGCAAGGAUACGAGAGGGAAGACGAAGGCGUCGUCUGGGAUGGCGGCCAAGGGCAGCAAGUCCUUGGUCGGGAGGGGCUUGCCUUGGAUGUGCUAG